AUGCCCGCGCAGCAACUCAAAGCAGAGCUGCAGGAGGCCCUUUCACUCUUGGGUGCUGCCAAGCAGCAAGGGACCUCAGCAUCAGACAAUUGCACUACUGCAAUCUACUGCAUGUCUGUGGACAGUCGCACGAUCUCGUAUGUAUUGGAAGUGUACAACUCCACGUCCAGCCUUCUGCAGCCAAGCUGGCUUGAGUCAUUGGGUCAUGCUGAAGAGAGGACUCAGCUCAAGCCCAAGAAGCUUCCGCACCUGGCAAGGCUAAUCUCUGGACAAGGUUCUUCCAUGCGGAGUUUUAGUGUCCGACUUGGCCCAGUGGCUCUUGCAGCUGUUUCCUGCAGAUCACUGCGGGCAAAGGCCACCGCUGUAGCAACGGCGCGUGUGCGCGAGAGUGGUAUGCCAGUGGUGGACUGGUGGGAGCAGCUUGUCAGUGCAGAAUCGACGCUGGAUUUGCUGGGAUUUGUUGGCCAACACCAACAUGAGACUAUUGUGGAGUUUGGCUGCGGGUAUGGCACUUUCACCAUACCAGUUGCCGAGCGCGUUCAUCAGCUCUACAGCUUUGAUAUCGAUCACGAGAUGGUCGGAAACACACAGCAAAGACUGCUUUCUCAAAAGCCGCACCUAGAGAAUGUAAAACUGGAGGUGCGUGAUGUCGUGGCCACUGGCUAUGGCUUGGACACUUCUGUUGAUGCUGUCCUAUUGAUGAACAUCCUUCAUUGCGAGGCACCUGUUCAGAUGCUGCAACAGGCAGCAGAUUUGCUGAAACCAGGCGGUCUAAUUUACGCAACCCAUUGGAGGUAUUGCACUGAGGAGUUUAGGCCGUUGUCCUUCCAGAAGGCCAUUGAAUUGUGCAGAAAGCAUCCUCGGAGUAUGAUACUUUUCUUGGUGGCCUUUUCUGCACUACUGCUGCUCCCACAGUUGGUUUACUCAACGGGUGCUUUGCAGGAGGUUAUCAAGAACCUUGACUUUGCUCAACAGCCAGAUGAUGUUGAGGAGGAAGGACAAGCCGAUGCUGCGAUUGAGCAGAGUAUGCUGAAUGCGCGAAAGAUAAAGCAUCUUGGUCGUGUUGUCAGCAGCCACAUAGUGGACUUGAACAAGAGAAUGCGGAAGUUUGAGAAGCUCACUGGAAUCACUGCAGGUGAAGCUUAUCCAAAUGAGUCUCCGCCAAAUGGCUACGGCCGGUUCUGUCACCAUCCAGAUCGGUUGCCGGAGUCUCAGAGUGACAGCUUCACAAAGCCCACAGCGAUCUCCUGUAGCGGUGCCGACACUGCUUCCAAAUACUCGUCCAAUUCAGUAGACGCCUGGCCAAGUUGCAUGCAUUUUUCCGCGGAGACUCUGAGUCUUGUGACUGCAGAGAUUGAAAAGCUUCAGCAACAGCAGAUCCAGCAUGAAAACACCAGCAAGGCACUCUCAGGAGUGAAUGGCUCCAUGUGGGCCAAUUACAUGCAAUCCAUUGCACAGACGGAAACUGUUCAGUCAUCGAACAGCUUCAAGUUUGAUAAGGAGUCAGGCUUCUACAAGGACGUGAAGGCACAGCUAUACUAUGACCCAAAUAGCACCUAUUUCUUCACCUUGGACUACAAGAAGUACUUUGUCUACGAUUCAGAAGUACAGCUUCUUUGCCUGGUCGACUCACAGGGGAAGAAAGUGCCCGGUGGAGAGACUAGGCCUUUGCCAUCGCAGGUGGCCAAAUCUGGUAGGCCCGAAAAGCCCACAGAGCGAGAGCGUCCAAGGAGCAGAAGCCUCAGGCGUCGGCGCAGCAGGAGCCUUGACGCAAGAGAUGGUCGGCGAGACCGCAGGCGAGAGAAUGAGGGGCAAAGUGUGUUCAAUUGUUCAAAUGAAGCCAAGGAGCGGGAAGGCAGAUUUGAAGAGCGCGGUGAGUCAAGAGCUAGUGCCGGGAGUGAUGUCCGAGUUGAGGAAGUUCGGCACCAGCCAAUCCACUUCCCUGGUGGGGACCCGCUAGCAAAGCUGGCAAACCCACUCCCACCAGAAACAGCGCGGGCAAAUCAGCCGAAAAAGAAGAAGAAAGCGCCUGAGGGUGUACUUGGCCUGGCGGCCUCAGCGCCGCUCCAAAGGCCAGGCCCAGUGACUGUUUUUGCAUCACGGCCAGGGCCAGUCAGUCUUCAAGCCAGCCCUUCUUCUCUGCCAAAUGCUUCAGCCGUACCUCCUGUGCCUGUGUCAAACCCUACGACAUCUCCAGUGGCUGCAUUGGAUUGGAUUUGUGAGGUAUGUAUGAGAAAAUUCUCCUCGGAAGAAACGUUGCGAAAGCACGAGCAGCUUUCCGAGUUGCACAAGCAGAACCUCAUGAAGCUGGGAAUCUGA